AUGCUCGGAAUGGCUGCCACGGUAUUCGAACCGGCGACCUACAACGCCAACAUAAUGGAUGUCGACUACGGAAGCGGCGCCAACGCAACGGGGUCCACGACAACCAUCGCCAACAACAAGAAGAGGGAUUCUUCUUCGUUGAUGGUGGCCGGGAGUGAGAGUGCUCCAUCUUUCAUGACCUGCGAUUUCUACUCGAACAAGAAGGCGACCGCGCUGUUCACCCGACCGAGCUCGAUCAACCAGCUCGACGACGACACUCUCGAGGCGGAGGACAUGAUGGAGAUGGCCGACCUGGCCUAUUUCACCACUGGCGCCUUCACUGACCGCGCCUGCUUCGACGACAUGCCGGAGGAGCUCGUCUACCUCAUCUUCACCUUCCUCCACGGAAGCGACAUCGCCAACGGCGUUCAGAAGGUCUGUCGCAACUGGCGUCGCCUCGCCCUCGACGAUCAGCUCUGGCUCGACUUGUUGAGGCGCACCCAGCAGAAGUCCGAGUUUACUGAGGAGCUGACCAAGCCCGCCCAGAAGAGCUGGAAGUGGCUCUACCAGAGCCGCAACCUGGCCAUCAGCGACCUGGCGCGCAUCGGCGCCAUGGCCGUUGUCGGGCGCCACGAGAGCGCCGAGUACAUCUACGAGGGCGAGUGGAAGGACGGCAAACACCACGGCCACGGCAGGAAGAUCUGGAAGAACAUCAAGUCCGAGGAGGCCAAGGAGGAGAACGGCGACGACGGCAACGCGCUGGUCGAGGGCACGGCGGCGGCCGACGCCGCGGCGCCGGAGACCAACCAGCAGUCGAUGGCCGACCAGCACCAGCAGUCGAUGCCCAAGCGGGCGGCGGCGCAGGCCAAGCGCAAGCAGCCGGUGCUGCCCUACUACGAGGGCGAGUGGAAGGAGGGCAAGGAGCACGGCCGCGGCAAGCGGCUGUUCGAGGAGGACCACUACUACGAGGGCGAGUGGAAGGAGGGCGACCGCGAGGGCUUCGGGUUCUACCACUGGCCCAACAAGACCUUCUACGAGGGCGAGUUCAAGGAGGGCUUCCGCCACGGCCACGGGACCUACACGUGGUCGGAGAAGGCCAAGUACAUCGGGCAGUGGCAGAAGGGCAUCGAGCACGGCAAGGGCGUGCGGACGUGGGCCGACGGCGACCGCUACGAGGGCGACUGGGUGCACGGCACCCGCACGGGCUACGGCCUCUACGCGUGGCCCAACGGCUCGUCCUACGAGGGCAAGUGGCUGCAGUGCGCGCACGAGGGCUACGGCGUCUACAAGUGGCCCGACGGCCGCACCUACAAGGGCAACUUCUCGGCCAACAAGAAGCACGGCGUCGGCGAGUACUACUGGCCCGACGGCGCCAUGUUCGCCGGCAACUGGCGCAACGGCGUGCGCCACGGCGACGGCACGAUGGUGUGGCCCGACUCGGCCAAGUUCCAGGGCGAAUGGAACUUUGACCGCCGCGGCGACGGCCGCUACUUCGGCACCGACAGCCGCGAGGUCCCGCAGACCAUCGGCGCCUCGUGGGCCAAGAAGUACGACUACUACUUCGCCAUGCCGAUGGACAUGUGGGAGCAGAUCUACCUCCCCGAGAUCAACAAGCUCAUCCGAGAGAAGAAGCAGCGCGAGCUCGAGGAGGAGGAGACCCGACGGAUGAACCUCGAGUUCUCCCAGAAGGGCCGCGAGGACCCCCGAGCCUGGGGCAAGAACGCCCUCACCUCCCGGUCCUAG